GCACCUUGCGGAAACCAAUAUCCGAUAUACCACAGAAGCUCCCCAUGUUUUAACUUCCUCAGUUUUAAGUUUUUUUUACAAAGAUGUUUUUUCGGUGGCUAUGUCUUGGAUUGUUGGCGUUUACUGGUGCAUAUGAAAAUGUGGCUUUAUACAGACAAGCAAAACAGCGGAAACCAUAUAACAACGCCGCUACAUUUGACGCCAGUAAUGCUGUUGAUGGACUGAAAUCAGAUUUACAUGGUUUGAAUGGCCAAUGUGUCCUGUCAGCUGAAAACCAAAAUGUAGCCUACUGGUGGGUUAACCUGUCUACAGUAAUGAGCAUCCACCACAUUACCAUAUAUUACAGGACGGACAACGUACCCUGGGAUUCAAAAAAUGGCUACACAGCAAGAUUUCUAGGAUUUUCGGUGUACGUCUCCAAUACAACAGACAGACUACAGGGAACACUGUGUUACAAGGACGACAACUUUACACGGUUCACCAUACCUGCUGUCUUCACUACCACCUGUCCUAUACAUGGACAGUACGUCAUCUACUACAACGACAGGCUAAAAGAUGUAAAUCCUGACGGUUACUCUGAUGAUGCUCAAAAUGAACUCUGUGAAGUAGAAGUUUAUGGUUGCAACACAACCGGAUAUUAUGGAGCAAACUGUUCUAUUCCCUGUCCAGACGAGAACUGUCAGUACUGUCACAUAGAGACGGGCACCUGCCAGGGCUGUAAAACUGGUUACCAGGGUCACCGAUGUGAAUUAGUAUGCACGAACAGAACAUACGGAGAUGGGUGCAAAUACGGUUGUGGAUUUUGCUCAAAUUCCACACAGUGUCACCAUAUCACUGGGAAAUGUUUUGAUGGGUGUGGACGAGGAUAUAAGUCUGAUCUGUGUAACCAAACGUGCGAAUCUAAAACAUAUGGAGUUGACUGUAAUGAUACCUGUGGACAAUGUCUUGAUGGUAACCAGUGUUUCCACAUCAAUGGGACAUGCUUGACUGGAUGCGAUGCUGGUUAUCAAGGGGAUUUGUGUAAAACAUCAUGCCCUAAUGGAUUUUAUGGACAAGACUGUGCAUAUAAAUGUAACGACAAAUGUUCAGGAUGUAACAAUGUAGAUGGUCGGUGUGACAGGGGGUGUAAUCCAGGAUGGAAGGGAGAAAACUGCCAACAACCCUGUGAUGGUAAAUUGUAUGGGGAAAAUUGCACCAUGUCUUGUGGACAAUGCAAUUACGAAGCGCAGUGUCAUCACAUCAACGGGACCUGUUUUAAUGGAUGUAACCAAGGUUACCAGGGCGAUAAAUGCAUUGAAGAAUGCGCAGAUGGAACAUUUGACUACAAUUGUGAAGAAACAUGUGGGGCUAACUGCAACAGCUGCAACAAAAAAUCAGGUGUUUGUGAUUUAGGGUGUAAACCGGGAUGGAGGGGGCUACACUGUGAAAUGGACUGCAGAGCGGGGUACUUUGGAGAGAACUGCAGUAGCACUUGUGGAAAUUGCCUGAACAUCGAGAAUAACUCAACGUGUCACCCUGUCACUGGAUCCUGUAGUGAGGGGUGUGAACACGGGUAUCAGGAACCGACCUGUAAGGAAAAAGAUAAAGCUGCCCAAACAAGUUUGACUGUCGUAUUCUCCAUCUUGUUUUCUGUAAUUGGACUGGUGUUGAUGAUGGCGGGAAUAUUUGUUUUCUUUAAAAUAAAACUGAAACGUUCCAACCACAACAGGAAACGUGACGUCACCGAAAAAAACAUUGAACUAAGCAGUCAUGGAGUGGUUCAACACUACGACGAAUUACACGUUAGGGAUCCAGAGGAAACUUAUACAGCUCUAAAAAAAGCAGAAGAGGAAACUCCGUAUGAGGAAAUACAAAACAUCUAAAACAAAUACGUAAAGAGUUAUUUGAUUGUUAAUGCCUUUUUAGAAACAAAAAUCAAUAAUCAGUGACAAUGCUGCUUGUAUUUGUAGAGUUUUGUGCUACUCGUUUUUUAACUAUAGCAGAACAAUAUCAUGAAGAUCACCGCUGUGUAAGAGAUAGAUACACCUACAUAUAUAAUGGACGAUGCUAUCGCCAGGGAUUUAGAAAAAAUACAAUUUGAAACACAAAUACAAGCUUUCCUGAUAGAAGAUUUUUGUUUUAUAAACAAACACAAUUUUUUAAUGUUUAUCGAUGUAUAUAAGCUUUAUAUUUAUCGGAUUUAUAUUAAGACAGGGUUAUCUUAAGUAUAUGCUUAGAACGUAAUUAUAGUUAAUGAAAAUGAUAAUGACAUAUUGCAUGUAUUAUUUAUAUCACAGUUCUACCAUGUACAUAUCUCGUAUAAAUCUCCGUAAAAAGUACAAACAAAAAUAGGCAUCAAGUUAUUUUAACUUCGGCAAUCUAAAUUAUAAAUAAUUCAAACCAAAACGAUUGAUAUUUUAAACUGCGGAGUUAAAAAACUAUGUAUUCGUAAAAAUGUUGAUGAGCAGUAGUGUAUCAGCGGAAUAAAUUAUGAGCAGUGGAAUAAAAUUCAAAUUAUCAUACGACAAGAACUGUUCAAAUUAAACAUAAUCAUUCUUAAAUAACUUUUCUGCAAUAAACACUUUAAAGUGAUAGCAAGAGGCACCAAAUCAAAUUAAAUGAGAACAUUUCUAUGUUGCACAAGUUAAAGAACUUGAAAGAGAUACGAACAACGCAAACUGUUAGACUUCUCAUCUAAAUAUUGGAUAUUAAUGUUUCCUGUUACUUAGCGUUUAUAAAUGUUUGUUGUAUACUGUGUGGUAAUAACUCUCAUAACAUUUUAUUCGUAGGAUAUAUCCGGACAGAAAUUGAGGUCAUAUUUAUGUCAAGGAAAUCACAUCCGGUGAAACGUUUUCACAUAAUACUUUCUUAUUAUAUAGUUUUUAUACACUGCACUCUCUCACUCGUGUCCAAAGUCAAACAUUCCCGCAAAUCGACAACAACAAAUUAAAAGUACAAAGAUCAUUUUUUUUUACGUCAUUCAAAACUAUUCGGAAUCCCCUUUUCAUCAAUCAAGUACACUGAGAGGAUUUCGGGAGCACAUUUUUUGUCGAACAAAUAAAUUACUUUUGUAGACAACCUUUCGAUUUCUAGCAACAUCAACGAGAAACAGAAAUCUUUUUGCUGCUGCAUUUACCCGCUGCC